AUGACAAGCACCCAGCUUUGCACCAAGAGAGAUGGUAAUAGAGGAGCAUGGACAGCUGAAGAGGACCAAAAGCUGGCUCGAGUCAUUGAAAUCCAAGGUCCAAAGAGGUGGAAGAUAGUUGCAGCUAAAGCAGGUCUAAAUCGAUGUGGGAAGAGUUGCAGGCUGAGAUGGAUGAAUUAUCUUAGACCCAAUAUUAAAAGGGGCAAUAUAUCUGACCAAGAAGAGGAUUUAAUACUUAGACUUCAUAAACUCCUAGGAAACAGGUGGUCUUUGAUUGCUGGAAGACUACCGGGUCGAACUGAUAAUGAGAUUAAGAAUUACUGGAAUUCUCGUUUGAGUAAGAAAAUAAAGCAAAAGGAGAAACAAAACAAAAUUCUCAGAGUGCAAAUUGAUCAUCAAAACAAUGGAAAGAGGAUGGGCAAUAUACUCAAUAGAUGGGAAGAGGGUACCUCCAAGGGAAAUCAUGAGAACUCAAAAGCUAGUUUCAAUGGAGAUGACUUCUUUAAUAGCUCUAGGGAGGAGGAUCAGGGGCCUUCAGAUCUAGAGUGGAUGAGCAAAUUACUUGAAAUGGACGCAAGUUGGUUUAAGUUUUUACAUGAUAUAUGAAUUGAUCUAUUCAUGUAUAUUUAA